UCGAUUUCAUUGAAAUUUUGUCCAUGGAUCCAGAGAAAUGUGUCACAGACCGGCAGCAGAUCACAGCAAGAACCUUUACUUGGGUCUCCACUUGGGCGUCGAGCGUCUGGAGGCUAUAUUAUUAGAUGCCGAAUUGCAGGUGACAUUUACGGCUGUGGUGCGAUAUGAUGUAGAUCUGCCGGAAUAUGAAACUAUAUUAGGAGUCAGCAAGGAUGCAAAACCCGACGAAUUUCAAGUGAAUACUGUGAUGUAUGUCAAGGCAUUGGAUGUUCUUCUCAACUGUCUGGCAUCACAGGGUGCCAAUCUGCACAGGGUGGUUACUAUCGGAGGUGCAGCCCAUCAUUACGGAACCGUUUUCUGGACGGACACAGGCUUUCGUCGCCUCUGUGGCCUGAAUCCGUUGAGUCGCCUCCACGAACAACUUAACAACGCUGCCUUUGAGCAGGUCUCGACUCCCAGCUGGGUGGUGAGAUCCUCCAUAAAGCAGUGCUACGAAAUGGAGGACGAUGUGGGAGGGGCCAUGACAAUGGUCAAAAUCACGGGAUCCAAGUGCUUUGGAAGAUUGACGGGUCCACAGAUACGCAAGCUCUACGAGGAGUUUCCGGAGCAAUAUGAACGCACAGUUCGCAUUUCUCUGAUGAGUAGCUUCCUGUCAUCGAUACUUGUGGGCAGCAUCGGCUCGAUUGAUUACUCUGAUGGCUCGGGAAUGAAUCUUCUGGAUAUUGAGAGCAAGAACUGGUCCAAGCAUUGUCUAGCUGCGUGUGCUCCGAACUUAAAGCAGCGUCUUAUGAAUCCCAUUGCCACGAAUCGACUUCAGGGACGCAUUGCCGAUUAUUUUGUGAAACGCUGGAACUUUCGUUCCGAUUGUAUGGUGGUCAGUGCCACUGGAAGCGGUCCAUCCACGAUUUCCGGCUUGAAUCUUCAGCAAAAUGUUCUGGUCUUAUUGUUAUCGACAACGGAUAAACUCCUGAUGAGCUACAAAGGACGACCCCAGUUGGACGAUGGAUUUGUCAAAAUUCAUCCAACAAAUCCCGAUGAAUUUAUUGGAUUAGUUGUAUUCCGCAACGGAUCUAAAGUGCGAGAAUCCAUCUGUAAUGAGAUUGCCCAUGGCAACUGGACACUUUUCAAUGAAAAACUCUCCGCAACUCCAAUGGGAAAUGGAGGAAAUAUUGAGGUGCGUUUCGAUGAAAUGGAGUAUACUCCUGAGGCCAAGGGCACGCUCCGUUGGGACAAUCACAUCGAUGAAAUGUCCAUGGAGGCUAAAGGCAGGCAACAAUUUGAAGAUAUUGAAACCGAAGCUCGCGCUGUCAUCGAGGGUCAAAUAAUGCAUCGACGUGUGGUUGCCAUCGAUGCUGGUUUUAAAAUUCAACCAGACACCAAAAUUAUUGCCCUGGGAAAUGAUUCGAAUAAUCAGCAAAUUGUGCAAAUUGUCGCCGAUGUCUUUAAUGCACCCGUAUAUACCCAUGAUGGUCCCCACGUAACCCUCAUGGGUGCAGCCUAUCGGGCCCGUUAUGCUUUCUAUGAAUACCGUGAGGCCAAUUGCAAUUGCCAACAGUGUAAGAUUCGUCGGGGAAGAGAGCCAAAACGGACUUACGCCGAAUUCUUCAAGCAUCUGCCCGAUAAACUCAAACUCUCCGCAGAGCCCACGCCCGGCUGUGAGGUCGUCUAUAAUCCUCUGAUUGAUCGUUGUCGGAAUAUGUGUCGCCUUUUGGCAGCCGGCACAAAUAUCGAUGAUAGUCGCAUUAGAUACGAAUAAAAAUCGUAUUUUUCUUCCCUUAAA